AUAACAGUACCUACCCUGCCUACCUGCACGGCUCCUUUGAUUGUGGUUAAACGCUGGUGUCAGCUCUCGGUGUAAUAGAGAGAGAGAGUGAGAGAGAGAGAGAGAGAAAAACACACAAAAAAACAGCAGGGCUCCGGGUCUCUUCAGCAUACAUAAAGGCGAGCAAUGAGAGGAGCUGAGCCUUGAAUUAAAUCACUCUCCGCUAAAUGGAUCUUUGAGACUCAGCCUAGACGCAGGCAGCUGCUGUUUUGCGCGUCUUCAAACCGAAACAGAAACCUGGAUUUUUCUUUUAUUAUUUUCAUUUUCUACUAUCUACUAGAAACAUCUCCUGUCUCUUUGAAAAUGUCUUGUGUUCGUGGUGAGAUACAGUAAGCUGCCAGCUUUGUAUCGGAAAGAGGCUCUUGCUCUGCGAUCGUUAAGCAGAGUACACCAAGUGACGCCAGUGGAUAUCUGCACUGCUGGAGGACACCAGGGAUGCUUUCCCUCACUGAGGAUUUCAGCCUAGAUUACAGUGGUUAUUCAUCCAUGCACACGAGAGAGGCACGGGACACAGGACACAGGCAGAAACAACAAGAUGAGACCAUUUAAUGAUGGUACCUUCUAAGGAAAAAAGCACAAACCAAGCUGAGGUGGUGGAAGCGCUUUUAAGCAUUGCCACAAGUUUACUGCAGCCAAGCCUCAAUCUAAAGGCAGAUACUCAAGAUUUUUCUGAUUGAUACAUGGAGAUAAUAUUCAGUAUCAUACAUCCAUCAAUGAAGAGGAGGCAAAUAAAAGGAUUGUUUCUGGCCCUGAGAGCGGCAGAACAGCUGUACUGAAACCAUAGUGGUAUCACAUCCCUUUCAUUCGUUUGGCCCUGCACAUGACUCUCGGAGAAGCACCAAUGGCCUGCAGCUUAGGCAUGGUGAUGAGUGCCUUGUUUUGGUCUGUAGCCAUUGUAUAUUUGACUCAUAUUGGCGGAGCCAGUGGAGACUGCUGGUUAAUUGAGGGUGAAAAGGGCUUUGUAUGGCUUGCAAUUUGUAGUCAAAACCAACCACCUUAUGAGGCCAUCCCACAGCAUAUCAACAGCACCAUUGUGGACCUUCGUCUGAAUGAAAACAAAAUCAAAAGUAUCCAUUAUUCUGCCCUUAGCCGCUUUGCCAACUUGACCUACCUGAACCUGACUAAGAAUGAAAUCUCCUACAUAGAAGACGGGGCCUUUUCUGCUCAGUUUAACUUGCAAGUCCUUCAAAUGGGCUUCAAUAAGUUGCGGAACCUGACAGAGGGGAUCCUCAGGGGUUUAGGAAAGCUGCAGUACCUCUACCUCCAGGCGAACCUGAUUGAGACUGUGACACCUAAUGCCUUUUGGGAAUGCCCCAACUUAGAGAACAUUGACCUCUCCAUGAACCGAAUCCAGCAGUUAGAUGGGUCCACGUUUGCCAGUUUAAAUAAACUCACCACCUGCGAGCUGUACACUAACCCUUUCAACUGCUCAUGUGAAUUACUUGGUUUUGUCAAAUGGCUCUCAGUUUUCCCAAACAGGACAAAUGAACGGAUGGUCUGCGACUCCCCGCCUGGGGUUUCCGGUUAUAGCUUACUGAGCCAGAAUCCUAACAAUCCAAACUAUCGAAAUGCACUGCACAUGCUUACCACUGUGUGUACUGAUGACUAUGUAACACCAUUUAUUACUGUGUCCAUUGAGUCAACAACACUACCACCGGAUUCAACGCUUUGUGUACUGGAAGAUUGUUCAUCAGGCACAGGACCAGAAGAAAUUAAUAAUGACAUAAUCAGUACAACUGAAAACGAUGGUCAGGGAAUCCCAUUGAUGAAAGUGAAGCAAGUAACAAACACAGGUGCUACCAUCACAGUUCAGAUUCCUCAUCCCUAUAAGAAGAUGUACAUCCUGGUUCUUUACAACAACAGUUUUUUUACGGAUAUUCAAAACCUGAAAGAUAUAAAAGAGGACAUUGAAUUAAAAAACCUUAAACCCCACACCAACUACACAUACUGUGUUGCUUCAAUACGCAAUUCUCUUAGACACAACCACACGUGUCUGACAGUCUCUACCGGCCCUCGGAAUGGAAAGGAUAGAAUUGUAAAAAAUGCGACUGCUACGCAUUACAUUAUGACAAUUUUAGGCUGCCUCUUCAGCAUGGUUAUAUUUCUUGGGGUUGUUUACUAUUGCUUGAGAAGAAAGCGCCAGCAAGAUGAAAAGCACAAAAAAUCAGGAAGUCUAAAGAAAAACAUAAUGGAACUAAAAUAUGGACAAGAGCUGGAGGGUGGGACAAUAUCUCGAAUGUCUCAGAAGCAGUUGUUAGCAGGGGAGAGCAUGGCACGUAUGCCAUACUUACCAUCUGCAAGUGAAAUGGAGCAGUACAAAUUUCAAGAGAUAAGUGAUACUCCUAAAAUGAUGAAGGGAAAUUACAUGGAGGUGCGAAGUAUGGAUCACCAUGACCGUCGGGAGUGUGAUAUGGGAAUGGCUGGGAAUAGUCAGGGAUCAGUAGCAGAAAUUUCCACUAUUGCAAAAGAGGUGGAUAAAGUCAAUCAGAUAAUAAACAACUGCAUAGAUGCUUUAAAGUCAGAAUCCACCUCUUUUCAAGGAGUGAAAUCUGGAGCAGUGUCCACUGCAGAGCCCCAGCUUGUACUAAUAUCAGAACACCCACAGAGUAAAUCUGGCCUUCUGUCUCCAGUGUAUAAGGACAGCUACCACCACUCUCUGCAGAGACAUCGGACUUCUGAUGUCUCUCCAAAGAGGCCCAGUACAGCCACAGGAGGGCCCAUGCGAAGCCCCAGGCCUUAUCGCUCUGAAUCCAAGUACAUAGAAAAAACCUCCCCAACAGGAGAGACCAUUCUCACUGUAACACCUGCUGCUGCCAUCCUGAGGGCCGAGGCAGAAAAGAUCCGUCAGUACAGUGCCCACCGGCACUCCUAUCCCGAUGCUCAGAUAGAGGAGCUCGAAGGACCUGACAGCCACAAGUCCUCCAUGUUGGAGCCUCUCACUCACUCCCGUUCCAGAGACUUAGCAUAUUCGCAGAUGUCCUCUCAGUACCACAAUCUAAGCUAUUCCUCCAGUCCUGAAUACUACAAACCUUCACACAGCAUCUGGGAGCGAUUCAAACUCCAUCGGAAACGGCAUAAAGAUGAGGAGUACAUGGCUGCGGGGCAUGCACUGCGUAAGAAAGUCCAGUUUGCAAAGGAUGAGGACCUCCAUGAUAUUUUAGACUACUGGAAAGGCGUAUCAUCCCAACAUAAAUCCUAACCUAUCUAGUCAUUUGAUUUUUGUUUGUUUGUUUGUUUAUUUGUUUGUUUGUUUUUUAAAGGACAACACAUUGCAGAAAUGACACAAUCACCUCAUGUGACAACUGAAUCAGUGGAUACUUCCAUAAUAGAAUUAACUUCUCGCUCACAUGUAUCUCACUCUCUUUUGACUGUGAAGAAAAUGGGGUAAGGAUUCUUUCAAUUUGUCUUGUUAUGUAAAGCAUUCAUCGGGAAAACUAUAUUGCAAAUAAAUAAUAUAUAUGUUACAAUGGAUAAUAGGUUUUUUGGGUAUCGCAUGGCCAAGUCCUGUGACAGUGGAUUUGCUGUUGUGUAAUAUGAAACUAUUAUAUGAAGAUAUGUCUACUGAAGCCUCAGUAUUUUUGAAAAACUGUCCAGCCCCUCCAUUUAAAAUGAACAUUCUUUUCUUCCCUCCUUGCAUAUAUUUAAUUCAAAACUAUGUACAGAUAUGGGUUUCUAUAUUUGCAGUGUUUGCUGUGUAAAUGGAAAAGUGUUAGUGGAUGAAUCAGGUUUAACAAAUGGAGCGCUGUUCAUUUAGAUUACCUUGUUUAUAAAUAACCGCAAGUCCCACUUUAAACCCAUGAGAACAUUUGUCUUUUUAUCAUCAUCACUGCAUGUUCUUUUCUUUACUUGUUUUUUAUUAUUAUUAUUAUUAUUUGAAGACUUUUACAUCUUUUACAUGAUUCAGUCCCCUGAAUCACACCAUGCAGUAUUCACUGGAAGGAUUUUGAAAGACUUCAAAAGUGCAGUGCGAUCAUGCUGUAGUGAAGGUAUCCGUCAUUAGUUUCAUGAACCACCACCUGUAUCUUUAGUACCAAAGUACAAAAAAAAACAAAAAAAAAAAAAAGCUGAAAUGUUUACAAUAUUUCCGCACGGCCUGGGGAUCAUAAUAUACGGUACGGUGGCUCCAUGUAGAUUUUUCCUUCUCCGGUUUUAUCAUUUAUUCCUUCAAAAGAGAAAACACUGGGAAACAAUAAUAGCCACACACAGGAUGUGGUGUUGAAGUCCUUCUAUUAAUCAUUAAUAUUUCAAAGGGAAGACAGCUGUACUUUGUCACCUGUUAUUUAGGUACAUGGACAGAUGUUGUGCCCUGCAGGAGAGCCCGAUGGAUGAAUGUAACAGAUAUGUAUUUUGAUCUGUCUAUGGCAGCUUUUAUGUAUAUUUUCAAGGAAAUAUUUAUUUGAUGCUAUUAACUACUGUGUUUUUGUUUUUCCUUUGCUUCAGUAUUUCUUCCAGUGUAUUAUAUUGCAUAAUGUCUGAUCCAAUAAAUGGAGGAAAGUAGUUGGUUUUUCAGAUGGGCCUUGUUGCUUGCUGAGAGGUUUCAUUUUAUUUUUUUAUCUGCUAGCCUAUUAAAUCUUUUGUAUAUUAUGAAAGCCUCAUACCGGGCAAAUAUAAACAUGCUAGAGUAAAUUUUGAGAAUGUGAAACUGAAUCCUCUGACUUACUGGCUGUGAAUUUGUAUAUUUUGAUUUUUUUAAGUACAUAUAAGACUAAACACUUUUUCUUUCUAAGUUGUUUAUAUAAAUUGUUCCAAACAGGCUCAUGAUGAUUCAUCACAUAUUUACUAAUGAGUAGUCAAUAUCUACUUCCCUACUGCUCAUUUUGAAGAAGUGUUAUGCUGUAACUCGAAAUGUAUCAGCAAUGCAGGAUUUGGGUUUAUUAAAAAAAAAAAAAGCAGAGAACAUCUCUUUGUGGUUCCACCGUUAAAUUUUACAUCAUUUACUUCAUAGUCAGGAUUUAAAGUCUUAUUAUUGCUGUCAGUUUAAGGAAACAAAGAAAACUGCUUACCCAAGUAGAAGCAGGUCUUCUUUUUAUUUUCUCUACUACCUCCCCCCCCCCCAAAAAAGAAAAAAAAGGAAAACAACAUGCAAAUGAGCACACAUUUUUCAUCCGUCCAUCCAGGUUUUAUAUGAAUAUUAAAAGAAAAAAAAGAAACAUUUCAGUUGGGUACAAGUAUAGAUGAAAAAGAAGAAGAUGCAAUAUGAUGAUGUAAUUGAAAGAGUCACUAGUCAAACUUCAAAUGAAAGCAAUGCAGCAAUGACUUCCAGUUAUGGAAAUCCAGUAUCUUAAUUUGCCUUUUGUAUUAAUUUGAGGGACAUUAAAGUCUCUUCAUUUGUGCAGAUCAGAUCUCCUUACUUGACACUUAAGUCACAUAAUUCAUGUGCAUCAUGAUUAAUUCACUAAGCCUGUUUCCACUGCACUUUGGUGCACCUUUUGUUUUCACUGAUUUAAGAACCCUUCCACCUCAUUCAAGUGCAAAAGCCUUUGCACUCAUUACAUCGAAUUCAGACCAGUUGGUUUUCUUUUUCUUGGUAAAAUCCAAAUCUACUGUAACAAUCUGACGUGGGUUAGACCAUAGUGAGCGUAGUCUCCAGAUGGAUGAUGAUACAUCAACUAAAAUAUGGUCAGAAUUUUCCUCUCUAAUACUAGGAACUCAUUUCCUUUCAGGUUGCUCCUUGCAGCUGCUUCUAAAGACUCUCCACGUGCAUCUCUCAAUAGGUUAAAAAUGGCUGCCCUUGGCUGUGCAAAUGAAUAUUAAACAGUUCAUGAUCAAUGAAUUAAAACAUGAAAGAAGGGCAGAAAUAUGCUGUCAUGCAUGCAUCUUGUGUUAAGGUGAGAACUGAGUCUACAAUCUGAUAAUAGAGCUGACCUAAGGAAAGGAAUUUAUCCGGUCAAAAUUGGUUUAAUCAGCUCUUUUUUCCAUUAAACACCGACUAUGUAAGUAUAACUGCAGGCGUUUAUUACCCCAUUUAUAUUUUUUCUGUGUCAUAAGUCUGUGUCCAUUUCAUCUAAGUGUGUCAUGAAGCUGUUUUUAUUCAUUAAUGUGAAAUGAAGCAUUCAUGAGCCUGAUGUGAAUGUCUUAUAUAAGCACCUUGUAAAGUGUUAACUGGGUUGUCUGACUUAAUACUUCAACCGCCUUAAGAUUUUGGGAUAUGUAUACAAGAGUAAACUUCCUUUUGUUUUAUUUCCAAUGUUGAUACUGUUGUUGAGUCUCCAUUUGUUAUUUUUU